UCUAAAAAAAGACAUGCCAACUCAAAAAUCUGUUCGCUUUGAUUUGAGGGAAUUACAAGCACAAAUUAGUGAAGAACAACAAAGGCAAAAUGUUCUUUUUAAUAUAACGGAACGUUUCCCCGGAUUUUUUGAACUCCCAGAACGCUGUAUUCCUUUCCAAUUUGACGACAAUCAACAAAUUCAACAAAAUGAAGGAUUUCCUCAAGUUUUAAAAAAUGUUUUAUUUAAUGAAGAAAAAGAAGGGCAACAACAAAAUUCUUCACAAAAAGAAAAAGAAAAAAUUUUUACUAAAAGAGGACAAAAAAGUCUUUUUUCUCAACACUUUGACAGUUCAAAAUUAAAAGGAAACAAAAAAGAAGAAAAGAAAGAAGAAGAACAUUUAAUUAAUGAGACAAUUAAAAAUUUGGAAAUUAUUGGUUUGGUUGAGAAAAAUGAAAAAGAAGCAAAACUUAUUGAUGGUGGAAGUGGUGCUCAUUUGGCUAUGGUUAAGUUGUUUAAUUAUUUUUUAAAUUAA